ACAAGGAAACGGACCGGUCACUCAAUGCACACACCGUGGUCGUGUGUUGAACAUGUUUUUAUAGUAAACCGACCUCGCAACUCAGUCCGUAUUCCGUCUGCCGCUGCUGAUACUUCUGCUGCCGCAACGACCGGUCUUCGCUUAUUUUCUCUCAGUCCGUAUAUUUCGGUUUAAUUUUCGAUUUCGAAGUGGUCUCCGCGGUUAACGUUUCCGUUCGAUCCGAUUUCGAGUACGGUCUGACACCACAAAGUUCGUAUUUUUCUAUUCUACGUAUGCAACAGUAUUUAAACGUACGCAAAACCGUAUUAUAACCACACUUCACGUACAUUUUUUUAAAGUUUGUAGUCCAACAGUUAACUAUAAUAGUUGGUCUUAUUCAACUUCAGCACAUGUCGGUCAGCGGCCAGCUCCAGACUACAACACAAAACAUGGACGAUACGGAAAAAUCGUGUCCGAAAUGCGUGUUCGACCGUCUGCCGCCAGAAAUGAUCCGGUUCAUAUUUCGAAAGCAGUCAACGGACGAUCUUCUGCAGGCGUCGGCCACCACCGACCGGUUGUACCGAGUGGCCCAGCACCACAUGUACGCGUCAGAAGGUGCGCUGCUCGUGCGCGGUGGCCAGGACACGGCGGCCACCGUGACGCGGACGUUCGACGUGCGGAACGUAACGUCACUGUACCUGGUGGACGUUUACGACUUUGACCGGGACGUGCCCCGACAACUGCGGCGAUGCGACGACGACAGUGAAGACGUCGGUGAAGACGGUGGUAAAGACGGCAGUGAAGACGGCGGUGAAGACAGCGGUGAACAUACUAGCGAUGAGGAUGACGACGACGACGACAACGACAACGAACUUAGUGACAAAUUCCGCGACGGCCGAAGGUCGUCUGCGUUGGACGUGUUGCACGUGGGCUACGGUCGGGACGUCAGUUACACCAACCUGCCGGUCGACGGUCUGCGCCGGUUGUUGUCCGGCGUCCGUGCCCGGCGGGUGUGCUUCAGCAACGUUGUGAUGACGGCCGACGACGUAGCCGACGCGGUGUCUGCUAUGCUCGAGGCCCGCGAUGACGCGGACGCUGUAAUUGUCAAUGACAACAGUGACGUAGUCGUUAAUGACAACAAUGAUGUGGUCGUCAAUGAGAACAAUGACAACGACGACGACUACGGCGACGAUGACGAUGACGGUAGUGACAGCGGCGACGGUGGUGAGGACAUCGACAGCCGGCCGCCGGUGCUCAGGUGCUCGCACGACCGCGCAGACGACAAUCGAGUGAUGGAACUCAUGGACGCCGUCGAGCGCACCUGCGCCGGUCUGUUGUCCGAGUUCAGGGUGACGAUCCGGCGACCGGCGCCGCACGCGUACGCCGUCUACCCGAUGUCCCGGUGCGGGAGCGUGGCCUCCGUCAACGACUGGGACGACACGGCCACCGCCGCAAACGCCGCGUCCACCGUGGCCGCUGAGACGCCCGAAGACCUGCUCGCGCUCACCGCGGCCGACUGUUCCGGGUUGGGCCCAGCCGCGUACAGGCGGUUGGCUCCGGCGUGUCGCCGGUUGCGCCGGUUGACCAUGAAGGCUGCGCGGCAAGUGGACGACGACGGGUUCGUGGCCGUGGCUGGAAUGCCGUCGCUUCAACACCUCGACAUGGAAGGCAUGUCGGAAGUCACGUCUGACGGCCUGCUCAGCGGUCUCGUGAGCGCCACCGGACUGCAGUCGCUGGGUCUUGCCGACUGCCCGUACGUGACGGACGACGUUCUGCGCCGAGUCGGCGAGAUGAGGCAGCUGCGUAACCUACGGCUGGACCUGACCGACUGCGACAAGACGACGGCGGCCGGCGUGACAGACAUGCUGUCCGGCUGCGAACGACUCCGCGAGCUGGACCUGACGCUGCCGCUUAACGCCGACUACGUGGCCGCGGCCGCGUUCGCAAGUCACCUGGACCAUCUGCGGACGUUCCGGCUGACGUUCGAGCGGCUAUCGUUUCAAGACCACCUGGACGACCAGCCGACCAACGCUGAUUGGCAACAAUCGCUGGCCGCUGGUUUCCGUGACGACGUUGAGUUCAGCGUCCGGCAGACGUUCACCAAGAUCACCGUGACGGUCGACUGACUGGUUGUGCGCACCAGACGAUCACAGUGACCGUUACCGCAUCACCAUACCGAUUCGUCCACGCCCGCCAUUUAUGUCACCUUUGUGCGGUGAUCGGCACGCACGGAAUACGCGAAGUCCAACUCGUAUACUGUUACGGCCCGAAAACGGUUACCAUAAUUAAUAUAAUCGUGUACCGGAUUAGGGUCCAGAUAACUCAGGGGCGCCAUUUGUGGAGGGGUGGCAAGGCGUACUUAAACUUUCCGAUUUUCUUAUGGUUUAUUACAAUAUUUAAAUAUAUUAUAACCCUUCAUCCCGAUACAUUCCCCACACACACAUAAAACACCCGUAUAUUUACUGUGAUGAAGAUUAAAGGUUGACCCGACCUGAAAUUGGUCGUCUAAUUGCACGUCGGCACCACAAAUAAAAUACAACUCAAAUGGCGUCUCUGAGUACUACUCGACAUUAGAUUACGGUCGUUUGGCGAUGAGAAGACUUCCGUCCGUUAGUGUGCCCAUCCCCCUGCACGACUGUCACCGCCCGACAAACGUGUCACCGAGUUUGGUCGACAUCGUGUUAAGCACGUCCGAUUUCGAUUUAUUGACGAGUGCGCGCCCAACCGAAUUGCGUGAUCGAUUCUGAACACGAUCGAUACACGUGAUUCAAACUAUGGUGUCGCACACUCCUCAAGUGCACUAUACGGUUUUAAACUAUCGUAACUUGUAAAUAAUACACAAUCAUUAAUACACCAUACAUUAAUACACAUAAUAUAUAAUAAUAUUGUUGUAUCGUUAUAUCGUAUAUCCAUAUUUUAUAAUAUUAUUCAUAUUAUACCCACUUAUCCUAUACAUAUUUUAAUAAUUUAUAAUGUUGUCAUCUUGUUAUUAUUAUUACAACUUACUAUACAUACUAUUUAUAAUAUUAUACCUAUCGAAACUAGUCAAAAUUAGUUGUUAUUAAUAUUAUGUUUUGUUGAACUUGUGUGAUUUUUUCAUUCGAAAAUUGUAAAUAUAGCACUUAUGCGUGGUUUUUUUUUA